GGCUGGCCUAUAAAAGGGCCGGAGAGCAGCUGCGCCACUGGACUGUCCGGCCCGAGAGAGAGAGAGAGAGAGAGAGAGAGCAACGCCGCAGAAGAGUCGCGAGGCAGGAACCUGGGACUUCUUUGGCUGAGAAGAUGGCUCCCAGCCUACUUCUCCCAUUGCUGGGACUCCUAGUUUUCUUGGAGAGAGGCUUCUGCCUCCUUCCUCCCAAUAAGCUGCAAGAGCUCUCAGACACAGGAAGCCAGUAUGUCGACUCGGCGCUGGAGAACGCCAUCAGUGGCGUCCGUCACAUGAAGGUGCUGAUGGACCAGACCAGCAAUGACCACCGGGCGAUCCUGAAUAGCCUGGAAGACACCAAGAGGCAGAAGGAGGAGGCAUUGCUGCAGGCAAAGGAUGCAGAAAAGCAGCUGAGUGAGAAGGAGGUUUGCAAUGAGACCAUGCUGGCCCUUUGGGAGGAAUGCAAGCCCUGCCUGAAGCAAACUUGCAUGCGCUUCUACACCCGGACCUGCCACAGUGGCGCUGGACUGGUGGGCAAGCAGCUAGAGGACUUCCUCAACCACUCCUCGCCCUUCUCCAUCUGGGUCAACGGAGAGCGGGUUGACUCCCUGAUGGACGCGGGCGAAGAGCAGGGCCGGCGCCUGGACGACCUGGAGGAGCGCUACAGCCUGGUGGAGGGUGGAGUGGACGACCUCUUCCAGGAGAGCGCCCAGGCCUACCGCCAGCUCUCGCCCUUCUUCAGCGCCCCUUUUGGGGGGUUCUGGGACUCCUGGGCCCCCGUCCGCAGCAUCCGCAUCCCCUACCCCGGAGCACGCCUGGCCCGCAGCAUGCCCACCUUCCCCUUCUACCCGGGCCAUUUCCGGCCUCACCACGACUUCCAGCAGCUCUUCCAGCCCGUCUAUGAGAUGACGCAGCGCCUCUUCGAGGGAGCCCAGAGGGUCAUGGAGCAGGAUGGGCAGUGGAUGGACGGUGGCACCAUGGGACCUUUCCUGGGCAGGCUCCCCACAGGUACCCCCAGCCCCAACAACGGCCGCAUGGUGUGCCGCGAGAUCCGGCGCAACUCUGCGGGCUGCUUGAAGAUGAAGGAGCGCUGUGAAAAAUGCAAGGCCAUCUUGGAUGUCGAUUGCAACCAGACGGACCCGGAGCAGAGCCAGCUACGCGAGCGCUUUGAGGACGCCGUCCGACUGGCCGAACGCUUCACCCGGAAGUACGACGAAAUCCUCAAGUCGUUCCAGGAGGAGAUGCUCAACACCACGGCCCUCUUGGACCAGCUCAACCAACAGUUUGGUUGGGUCUCCCGCCUGGCUAAUGCCACUCGCAACCAAGACAAGCCCCUGAAGGUCAUCACGGUGAUUUCCAAACCGGCCAAUGCAGCAGAUCCAUCCAAACCGACUGACACCCAGGUGACUGUCCAGCUCUUUGAUUCGGAGCCUCUGACCAUGACGGUGCCGGGAGACGUGCCUGUGGAAGACCCCAGGUUCAUGGAGCUGGUGGCCGGGGAAGCUCUGCGCGAGUUCAAGGGCAAUGAAGUGUAA